ACUAUGACUGAAAAUCAGCCGGCUGGUGAUGGAGAAACAGACCUCAGUAAUGAGUGUAAGGAACUCCUUUCUCUCCCCAAAGAAGGAGGCUGGAUAUCCCUUCACCAACAUCAAUACCAAGGCUUUUGGUGCCCAACAGAAAUAUUCCAAGGCAUAAUCGCUUUCCAAAAGCACUUCCAAGCUAGGGACUCCGAUAUAGUUGUGGCCUGCGUACCCAAAUCCGGCACCACAUGGUUGAAAGCCUUGAUUUUUGCUAUUGUGAAUCAACAACGUUUCAAAAUAAAGAUCCAUCCCUUGCUCACUUCCAACUCUCAUAAUCUUGUCCCCUUCUUAGAGGUGGAUCUCUAUAUAAACAACCUAGUUCCUGAUUUCUCAUCCAAGUUUCCUGAGCCAAGACUCUUUGCGACCCAUAUUCCUUUCCUUCUUUGGGUACAAUUAAAUUAAGUGUCCAAUUGUAAGAUCGUUUAUGUUUGCAGAAACCCAUUCGACUCAUUUGCCUUUGAUAUGUAUUGCCAAGGCGUGGAUGUGUAUGGUCCAUUUUGGGAUCACAUGUUGGGGUACUGGAAAGAGAGCUUGAAGAGACCUAACAAUGUGUUAUUCUUGAAGUACGAGGACAUGAAGAAAGAUGGUGUAUAUCACUUGAAAACAUUGGCCAAGUUUUUGGACUGCCCUUUCAUUGAGGAGGACGAGAGAAACGGUGUGAUUGAAGACAUAGCAAAGCUCUGUUCUUUUCAGACCAUGAAGAAGUUGGAGAUCAACAAAACUGGAACGUUUGUCUUGAACAUGGAGAGUAAGAACCUGUUCAGAAAAGCUGAGGUGGGAGAUUGGGUUAACUAUUUGACCCCUAUGAUGGAGCAGAGAAUGUCCAAAGUCAUAGAAGAAAAGUUGGGUAGUUCAGGCUUGACUUUCAAAGGGACUCCCGAGCUAGCAGAUCAUGUCCAGCAGAACUAGUUCGGGCUCCCAUUAAUGAAUUAAGCUCUCUGGUUAAUUUCACCAUAAAUGAUGGUAUGUGUCUGCUUUUGUGUC